AUGAAAGAUAUGGUGAAACAAAUUGUUUCCGGUUAUAUAGUUCGUGGAAGUGAGAAAAUACUAAAUUUAUCUGAACGAACAAGAAAGUGCGUAGACAAAGAUGAAGAACCUUUUAAAUCAGAAGUGACAUCCAAUGGCUUCAAAUCUGAUUCACUGAAACUUGGAAAUACCUUAAAAUCAAUAGGCAUGAACGCAAGCCCAAACGAAAGUGAAGUUGAAAGGACAUUAGUGAAUGGAAAAAAACCAAUGAAACUCACGAGUAGGAAAGAAACUGGCAAACCAAGUGCACACACCAUAUUGGGGAAUCAAGAGUUGGCGAUUACUGAUUCAGAAAAAAGGCCAGAAAAUGGAAAGAGGGUUCGCCGAGGAAGGAAAAGACUAUUGGCAUGUUUGGGACCAAGCCCACAGCCAUCGAUAUUUAAAAAAAUGGAUCACCAGAGACGAGAAUAUGUCACACACUCGGUUACCUCAACUAUCAAUGAGAACAUUAAUGUAGAUCAUUCAAAUUCUAAUGAUAGAGUGGAAGUAGUAACUGGAGAAUCAGCUAUUAAAACUGAAUCAAAGUUCGAUAAGAAAGGAAUAAAAAAAUCAGUUUUAAAGGAUUUAAAUCAAUUAGUUCCAAAUAUUUCAACUGUUAAUGAAGUUAAGUAUGAAAAACUUUCAAAGGUGUCUACUCAAAUAGUAGCAAAUCAGAAAGUUUGCAGCGAACUCGAAAUUGCAUCAGAAAUUGGCAUAGAUCAACAGAAUGGUCUUUUGAAAUGUACUUCAGAAUCUGAUAAACCUGUUAUUUUGGUGCCAUCUCAAAGCAAUGUUCCCGGUAAAGGAAACCAGUCGAAUGUCUCCAUGAAAAACGGCCUGACUCAACCCACUCCCCCUUGUGGAGAAACGAGUGUGACAAUUUCGAUUACUGAAAAUCCUCUUUGUUCUGACAGAAAUAAAGUUAAAUUUGAAGCUUCAGAAGGCAGACAAGAUAAGGUCGAAGAUCUUCAAAAGCCUUCCUUUGUGGCAAUCGAUAGUCAUAUAGUCAGCAGAAAAGUUAAAAUUCUCCCCAUAAAUGGUGGAUACCAAGAAAUCAAUAGGAUAAAUCUUACCGAAUCCACCAAACUUGAUGACUCAGUUAUCUUGGUAGAGUCGAAACGAAGUAUUGAAGAAUUAACUUUGCCGAUUACUUCGAAUAAGGCAUGUGCUAUGGAAGAGCUGGCAACGAGCAAGAACAAUGGUAGCGAUAUCUCAAAAGAAAAUCCGUUAAAUUUAAUUAAUGGAAAAGUGCGGAGUCGAUUGAAAAAUUUAGGAGCCUCUUUGAUAAUACCUUCGUCCCUCGUUACUAAGUCUGGACAACCUUCAAUUCCAGUUGUUCCAGAAGUAGGCAACCAAUAUCUCACUUUUAAAUCGUCUAACUCUAGUGAUCAAAUUGAUGCGGAAGGUCAAGUUUCAUUAAAUGAGAAUGCAGAAUGUGCUUCAAUUAAAACCAAUCCAGAACCAAAUAUGACUAGAACAGGUAGAAUAAAGGAAGAAACUUCGAAAUCAGCUACUAAAGAGAUGUCAGUUUCCAACGAAUCGACUCAUGAGAUUCCUUCAAAACUAGAAUCACAGCUCAAUUUUGUCCCUUCGAAUGCACACUGCUCCUUUGAGGUUGCAAUAAGUUGUUGUCAAGAGGAUACUGAAGGUAGCAUUACAUCGAAAUCGAAUCAUGGUAACGAGGAUGCUGCAGAAGGAAAAUUGAAUGGCUUGAGGUUGAGACCAAGAAGACGAAGAGAAUCAGAAUGGCUCAUGUGGAGUUCAAUCAGAUUGCCACCGAUGGUAAGUCAUUACUAUGCACCCAAAAGGUGUGCUAAGAAAACAGGCGGUAAAAAAGGUGCUAGUCGAAGAAAAUCAAGUCCGGCAGCUAAGUCUUCUAGUAAAUCGAAUUUAAGCAAAAAAAGCCGAAGACAGACCGAACCGCCAAGAAAUCGAUUAAAAGAAUGCAUGAACAAGAGCCAGGAAGGGAAUCCUUACGAUAGCGAUGAGGAAGUAUUUGGGUAUUUUGAAGCAUGCCAUCACCCUCGAUGCAAAAGACCCCUGAAAUACAGGAAAGUUAUUCGAUGUUGUGCCUGUGAGAGGUGGUUUCAUCAUUUGUGCGUUAAUGCCCAACUGCAUGAAAUAACAGACCCCGAGUACACAUGUCCAGAUUGCAGGAACGAAAAGCCAGCCCAGUCGGCGAAUAAAGGUUCCUAA